AUCUCGGUAGCAGCAUUAUUGGGGGGAGGUAGCUGAACCAACCGCCUUACGAUAAUGAAUAAUCUCUUACGCUUGAUAAGUGGCUGUACACUACCGAAAGGUAAUAUACGGACUAGCUUGACGUAAAUAUCGUAAAGGCAAUCAUCAGCUGGUUAUUCCCGCACGAUAAGCGCUUGCUUCCCGUCUGUACUGUAUACACUUUAUAUUUUGGGAGUGUUUUUUUACUCUUUUUUUUCUAGAAACAAUUCCUGUUUCAUUGGAGAUUGAUAGAGAAGGCUGAAAUUUCCUUUUUUUAUUUGGGUAAUCUUAUGCUUCAGAUAAUGCUGUGUCAUGCAUGUUUGGUGUUGAAAAUUUAGCCAUCUUAUCACUUGUUAGAGAACCGUAAGAAAGUUGUUCUCCAGAAAACCGAUAGAAAACCGUCUAUAACCGACCGCGCGCGUUGAAUUUAAAAAUUUGAUUAGUACGCGCACCCGCCGCUCGCAGCGCUGCUGUCGCAAACGCUAUCAGACGUUUGAGCAAACAUUUGAACCGAAAAAUCAAACGUCAAGCAAACAACGGUUGAUUGACACGUUGUUUCGAUACCGUGGGAAUUCUGUAAACAUUGCUGCAAUAAUGUAGUAUUUAAAAGUGUUUGAUAGCAUUGAUUAACAAUUUUAUGAUUUUUUAAAAGUAGUAUAAAGGUGCUCGCAGGAGCAUGCAUGUUGCAAAAUGCCAUACACAAUUCACCAAUAUUAUCGUUUGGCUCUUGAUGUCGCGUUACUUAACAACGAAUAAUCUCACCUUUCCCCGCCCCAUGGAGUACAUUCGCGUGUGGCAACCUUGAACGUUUUUUAUCAAUUUGCACACCAAAACAACACAAGGCUCCCCACUCCUUUCCAAAAUUUGCCACCAUUCCCAAUCGGGAUCAAUGACACGUGCAGCACUGUACGAUAAACUGGCGGUUGAAGGCCAAAAAUAAAUGCGCCAACCGCGCUGCAGAGAACGAAAGAGAGUGAUGCAUACGAUCCGGCCAAAUUCCAGCCCACUGGCCCAUUGACGAUUGUAAGCUCACCUCACCUCAUCACCCCCAACGGCGCCCGAUUUACGCAAAGCGCAUGAAUUUGGCUUAUCGCACACGCUAGACUGAUAGCAACAAACACAUCGUGAACGAAUAAUGGUCUGUGCUCCCAAAAACCCGCUUCCAAGAAUCGAUUGAGCAGUCUGAUAAGAUGGAUAAGGUGCAUGUACUGUUUGGGAAUUCUUUAUCGGGUUUGGUCAAUCCGCCAGACGCAGUGCGUGCUCUAUAUAUAAAGGCUGCCUGUGCGCUUAUCGCGACAUCUUAGUUUGUUGCUUUACACGAUGAGAAGGUUGGUUGUGCUACUGUUGGUGACCGUUUCGAUUGCGCAUGGUGCGGCGUACAGUGUGCCGUCGACCGUCGAUUCGAUCGAUUGGACACGUGUUAAACCGGUGGAAGAGCUUGAUCACUAUUGGGCCCGCUUACCCCCAGAGCUGCAGGCUUACAGGAAUGGCACUCAUGGAACUCAUCCGUCAGCUCGUAUCACCAACGGACUGGAGGCACGUGUAGGACAGUUCCCGUACCAGGCACUGCUGCUGACCGAGUUCGGCAUGUUCACCAUCAUGUGCGGUGGGACGGUGUUGACGCCCAACUUUAUCCUCACCGCGGCACACUGCGUAAUGCUCGAUCAAACGACCAAAGCGACCGGUGGCAUGGCCAUCCUCGGUGCCCACAACCGGAUGGUGGUGGAACCGACCCAGCAACGGAUACGCUUCGCAACCAGUGGCAUCAUCGUGCACCCUUCGUACACCGCCACCAACUUUCGCUUCGAUGUGGCAAUGGUGCGGCUUAGUGCGCCACUUCGCUUCAACAGUUACGUGCAGCCGGUACGACUUCCGGCCCGUACCGAUCAGCGGCUGUUCGAUGGCAUAAUCGGCACCGUCAGUGGCUUUGGACGGACGAAUGAUAAGGACGGGAUACUGCCGUCCAUUCUGCGCUACACAAUCAACACGAUCCUGAGCAACGGUGCGUGCGCGGCACGGUGGGGUUCGUUGCUGGUGGAACCACACAACAUUUGCCUCUCGGGGGACGGUGGUCGAUCGGCCUGUGUUGGUGAUUCCGGUGGUCCGCUGACGAUCGAAGAGUGGGGCGGCAUCACGUAUCAAGUGGGUGUAACAUCGUUCGGAUCGGGCAACGGGUGUACGGACGGGAUGCCGACGGUGUACGGGCGUGUUAGCUACUUCUUGGAUUGGAUCAAAGCCAACUCGGACUGCAUCGCUUGCUGAGUGAGUGAGUGAGUGGGUGAGUGAGUGAUUGUUUGUGUGACUGAGCGACAGCGAGGGAUUAAAGGUGGAUUUUUGUGAUAAGGUUAUGAAAGGUGCUCGUGUUCCUUAGGUGUGCAGAUAGGAGGUAGAUAAUAGUAUGAAAUGCCAGACAGUAUGAUACAGUAGUUUGCAGAAGGUCAUAUUAGGAGUGUACUUUAUAGUGAAAGAAUAGUUCUUAUUAGUAGCAUUUUGGAAUGUAAAUUGCAUAAAUGUAGGCGUUGUAUCUGAUCGUAUACUCAAUAAAAUAGCUAAAUUU